UUGAGAGGCGGGGCCGCGGUUCCCGUGCGCGGCGGCGGCGGGAUCGGGCCCGGGGUCGGGAUGAAUGAGGCGGAGGGACUGCGGCAGCGGCGGCCGCUCCGCCCGCAGGUCAUCACCGAGGACAGCCCGGCGCAGGAGGCCAAGGAGGGCAGUACUUACAGCAGCAAGGUGUUCCGUGUCACCUUCCUGACUUUGGCUGUGUCUGUGGCUGUGCCACUGCUUGGAGUGACUGUUCUCCUGGAUUGUCCUAUAGACCCUCAGCCCAUAAGCUUGAAGGAGCCUCCCCUCCUGACAGGUGUUUUAGAGCCCAACACCAAGCUACGGAAAGCUGAACGGCUGUGGGAGAACCAGCUGGUGGGACCAGAGUCCAUUGUCAAUAUUGGGGAUGUUCUGUUUACUGGGACAGCUGAUGGGAAGAUUAUCAAAAUUGAGGAUGGGGAAAUACAAAUAAUAGCCAGAAUUGGCCAUGGCCCUUGUGGAGGCCGUGGGGAUGAGCCAACGUGUGGAAGACCACUUGGCAUGAGAGUGGGGCCAAAUAACACCCUAUUUGUGGCAGAUGCUUAUUAUGGACUCUAUGAAGUUGAUCCUGAUACAGGUGAAACAAAGAUGCUUGUGUCAACCAAAACACCAAUAGAGGGCCAGAAGUUGUCAUUUGUAAACGAUCUUACAGUGACCAGGGAUGGGAGGAAGAUCUACUUCACUGAUUCCAGCAGUAAAUGGCAAAGACAAGACUACUUGUUCCUGCUUAUGGAGGGCACAGAUGAUGGGCGCCUCCUUGAAUAUGACACAGUGACAAAAGAAGUGAAAGUGUUAAUGGUGGGGCUGAGGUUUCCCAAUGGUGUGCAGCUCUCUCCUGCAGAAGACUUUGUCCUGGUGCAGGAGACAACCAUGGCUAGAAUCAGAAGGUAUUAUGUGUCUGGGCUGAUGAAAGGCGGAGCAGAUAUGUUUGUUGAGAAUAUGCCUGGUCUUCCAGACAAUAUCAGGUUAAGCAGCUCUGGAGGAUAUUGGGUAGCUAUGGCAGCUGUGAGACCCAAUCCUGGCUUUUCUUGGUUGGACUUCUUAUCUGAAAAAACAUGGAUUAAAAGGAUGAUAUUUAAGUUGCUGAGUCAGGAAACUGUGACAAAGUUUGUGCCCAGAUAUAGCCUUGUUGUUGAACUCAGUGAGACAGGAGCCUACAAAAGGAGCUUCCAUGAUCCCACUGGGGCGACAGUGGCUUAUGUCAGCGAGGCACACGAGCACGACGGGCACCUCUACCUGGGAUCCUUCCGCUCUCCCUACAUUGGCAGACUUGAUCUCCAGCACGUCUAACUGCCUGCCCACGAUGAGUGCCACUGUCCUGUGCUGCUCCAGAGGUGCAGAGGGAGCAUGAGCUUGAGGCAGUGUGUGACCAAGUGACAAAAAGUGUGACAAAAAGUGACAGACUGUCUGUUACGGUGCAGCAGCACUGUGGCCGUAGGAAGAGAUACUGUACCUGUCCUCUGUCUUGGCUCACUGCUCACACUCUGGGGCUGGCCUGUAUUACUGUUCACAUCUGAGGACUAUGGGGAGGCAUCUUCAUUCAGUUCUUUGUUGCUCCAAGGAAAUCCACUGAUUUUCCUGUGCCCAGCCUUGUUUGGAAUCAUCUUGAACAGACACCAUCAUGUCGCCUUUCAUGCAACUGUGUGUCCUCUUACUCUGGAAGGAAUUGUGAUGGAUGGAGUUUAAUUGUGUGUGAUUUGGGUGGAAGAGGGUGGCUUGCAUGUGUUAAUUUCUGUUUUAGUGUCUCCUGUCCAGGAGUGAUUACAGUGCAUGUUCUAAUGUUCUACCAUGGUGCUGUGGUAGAGGCAGCAACAUCCAGGACAUGCCUAGGAAUCCAAUUAUGCCAUUGGGUUUCUUCAGUCCCAACCUGUGUAAGUAACGUCAGACAUUGCAAUUAACUGUUAAUCAACAUGCAGAAUCAAAUUGGAUCGUUA